AUGAGUUCUGCAUCGAACGGGCGCAAAAACCGCCCCAGAUCGAGCGUCUUCCAGAUCGGCAAGCCUCCGUACCGAGACCCGCAGCGGAGGGAGAGCACCGAGAGCAGCCGCAAAGCCCAGCGCGCCGUGGCCGACUGCAGAAUGAUCGUGCAGGAGUUUAACACUCUGGUGGCGCUGUACCGGGAGCUGGUGAUCUCCAUCGGGGAGAUCACGGUGGACUGUCCGUCUCUGCGCGCUGAAAUGCUCAAGACCAGGACCAAAGGCUGCGAGAUGGCACGUGCUGCACACCACAGCCUCUCGCUUAUUUCAGGGCCAGAGGACGGAGAGAUCCACCCGGAGAUCUGUCGGCUCUUCAUCCAGCUGCAGUGCUGUCUGGAGAUGUACAUCACUGAGAUGCUCAAGUCUGUGUGUCUGCUCGGCUCUCUGCAACUGCACCGCAAAGGUAAAGAGCCGUGUGGGCCCAUCGCAUUGGACACUCGUCUGGACGAGAGCUCGGACAUCCCCAUCCUGGAGGACACCUCCUCCUCCCCCACAGACUGUCCUCAGCUCUGCUGGCUGCUCGCCACUGACAUCGACAACAUCGAAAAGGAUAUGAGGGAGAUGAAGAACCUUCUCAGUAAACUCAGGGAGACUAUGCCUUUACCACUGAAGAACCAAGAUGACAGCAGCCUGCUGAACCUGACUCCCUACCCACUGGUCCGACAGAGGAAGAGGCGCUUCUUCGGCCUCUGUUGCCUAGUAACCAGCUAA